AGUGAAAGGGAACUGGGAAGUGAAAGAUCUUGAAGAGAAAGGAUAUUUUUAUUAAUAAAUGAAUUAUUUAAAAUUAAUUGAAUAAAAUGGGAUCACAUACAUUAGAAGCCUAAUAAGGUAAUUCUUGAAUUUUCUAAAUCGAAAAUUGUGACGCUAGCAAAUUAAUAUACCUGCAAAAGAAAACGUCUGUGAAACAUCAAAAAACUCAUGGAGUUUAAAAUGUUUUCUUUGGAAGAAAAUCUAGCCUGAAAUUACGGAACUCAGAUUCCAUUCAUCAGAAUGAUGAUUGUUCUUGUAGUAAGUUGAUUCAUUAGAUCAAUGUUUUUAUUUUAGAAUUCUGUUUUGAAGUGGUAAUGGACUUCCAUAGCUUGUCACAAAGCUCUUCUGUAUCAGUAAACAGUUACCAAGGAGAAUUUGAAGAUAAUUGUCUUUCAGUGAACUCAAAUAAGGAUCCCCUGUUCUAUGAGAAAUCAGCAACCCUUAAAAAUGACUCAGGUUGUGAUUUACAUUGGGAAGAAAGUUGUGAUGAUUUAUCACUUCAGUCACAAUGUUCCUUAAUGAACAAUAAUAAGAAUGAUCUUUAUAAUUUGGAGCUUGAUAUGAAAAUAGAUUAUCAUGAUAAGAUUGAUCAUCUGUUGAGAAGUAACAGGCAACUGGAGUCUGAAUUGAAUACUGCAAAGGAGCAAAUUCAAAGGUUAUUGGGAGACCUCAGAUUUGGGAAUACAAAAAUAGACAAUAAUUACUUGAGGUUGGAAAAGAAACAUUAUGAUCUUAUGUUACAGAAUUCAGCACUGCAAUUCAAUUUGUCCCAAAUUCAGAUUUCUAAAAGUGAAAUGGAUGUUAGCAGCAAACAAUUACAAAUAGAUAGAGAUAAUUUGGAGAUUGAUGUAAGUACAAAAAAUGCUGUUAUCACAGAACUAAAACAAAAAAUAUCCAGUCAGUUUGUAGAAAUACAUAAAUUAACACAGCUAUCUAAUGAAAAAAACCUCUUGGUGAAUCAACUAAACUGUGAGUUACAGCAAGCAAAGAACAGCCAUGAGUGGCUAAAAACCCAGCUCAGAAAUUGCCAAGAGGAUAAAAAAUCAUUGUUAAGUGAACUGACAAACCUCAAAUCUGAAUUGAUUUCUCAGAAGGAGAAAAUAUCACUUCUCAGCAUAGAUAAGGAAAAUAUCCUGAUUCAAUGGGAGGCUUUACAAUUUGAGAAAUCAAAAGACAGGCUCACUGAAUGUAAAAUGUGUAUGAAUAGUUUAAUACAAAGUGAACAAAUACAUAUUACUGAGAAAAGUCAUGAUGAAAUUUGUUUGAAAUGGUGUGAAGAAAACCUGGAAGAACUCAGAAAUGAAAUUUCACAGCUCAAGGCCUUGAUAGUGUUGAAAGAUGAGAUAUUUCAGAAAAUAGUGGCAGACAAUUCAAGUGCAACUUCUCAAUGCAUCACUUUGCAGAAAAAUUUAGGAGAAACCAAUCAAGCUAUGGAUGCUUUGAAAAAUGAAAAUUUCAAUUUGAAGAAAGAAAUGUCACUAGUCUUGAAUAGAGAGAAAAUUCUAGCUGAAAAUUAUGAAAAGAAAAAAAAUGAAGUGGUCAUGUUGAAAGCAGUAACUUUGAGGAAUCAAAAAGAAAAAGAAGAAAUAGAGAUCUCAGUGAAUAUGAUAAGAAAUCAGCUUCCAGCAUUCAAAUUGAAACAUGAAACCAUGAAUAAAGACAUCACAGACAAAAAUAAACAGAUAUUAGAAUUACAACAAGAAAAACAAAAACUUUAUAUGGAAAAAAAUUGGCAGAUAUGUGAAUUAGAAAAAAUCAAAGAAAAAGAUGAACUCAUUUUUGAAAUGAAGAAUGAAAUUAAUGCUCAAAGAGAGAAUAUCAAAAACUAUAUAAGCAGAAUUGAAUCUAUAACCACAGAAAUGCAAAACAAGGAUUCUCUGUAUGCUGAUCUUCAUAAAGAAAAAAACACAUUGGUGAGUGAAAAUCUGCAGCAGAUUCAAAGAUAUGAAAUGGUUCUUCAGCAAUAUAAAGAUUUGUUACUAAACUCUGAAAAAAAAUUCAAUGAUUUGAAAAAAUGCUAUACUGAUAGCACUAAAGCUGUUUCUGAUCUUCAUGUAGAAAUUGAGGCCUUGAAAACAGAACUAGCUCAUAAAAAUCUUAUGGUAUCAGAAAUGUGUAAGAAAUCAGGGAAUCAAUUUGAAGACAUUGAGAAAAAGGAGAAUAUUAUACAAAUUUCCAAUAACAGGAAGGAAGAUCUGCAAUCUAAUUCCCUGAAAAACUUUGGAAAGGAGGAAAAUUGUGUUAAAGAUAAGGAAAUAGAGAAACUGAAUAUUUUGUUGAAAGUUAAGGAUUUGGAGUCAACAGAAAAGCAAAAGAAGCAUGAAGUUAAUACUAGUACUCUGCUGAGAAAAAUUAAAGAGCAAAUUGCAGAAAAAAAAGUAAUUGAAAAACGAUAUACCAUGGAGUUGAACUGUCUGAAAUUAGUACUUGAAACUAUAAAAAAAGAGAAAGAAACCAUAGAGAAUAUUAUUGUUGAGUUACAAGAAAAACUCGAAAAUGUAUCAGCAUGUAGCAAAUGCCAGGAAUAUAAGAAACAGCUGAAUUUUUUGGAGAAGAAUGUUGAGGAAUCAAAAUCUAAUUAUAUUAAUUUGAAACAAAUGUAUGAGGAGAGGAAGAUAAUCAUUGACAAUGUCCAAAAAGAGAAUCAAGAAUUAUCUUCAAUAAAUUCUGCACUCAAUACUGAAAACAGCAAUUUGAAAUAUAAAUACCAAAUGAUACUGACAGAAAAAGCACAUUGGUCUGAAGAAUUAUCUAGCUUGCAAAAAAUAACUGAUGAACAUGCUGAAACAGUCAAAGACUUGAGACAAGCACUGGAGAUAGAAACAUUGAACCAUUCGACAAUAAAGGCAGAAAAAUCACAGUUGGACAUAAAAUUUGCAGAUCUAAUCAACAAAAACGAAUUCAUUUCAGAGGAAAACCAGAUGUUGGAGAUAUCACUGAAAAAUAAAAACGACGAACUCAUUUCAAAUGAGAGAUGCAAACAUUUGAAUGGACUGAAAGGUCAACUGGAAUUGCAAAGUGAAUUACAGUCCGUCAUUAGCGAGAAGUUUUUCUUGCAGAGAUUAAACAACGAUUUAAAAUUUGCUCUAAGAGAACAAGUGAACCUCAACCAGAUUCUUAAAGAGGGAGUUGUUAAACAACAUUCUUUCAUGAGUUUGCCGAAUAUUGUAAGUGAUGUACGAAAGUAUGAUGAGAACUACAUCAACAGUGUGCUUGAGAAAAACAAGAGGUCGUUUGGACAAGGCAAAUUUUCUGAAAUACACAGUUGCCUAGACUCAAUGAGGAAAGAUAUUUUAGCCAUUCAAGAAGACAUAGUUGAGAAGAAUAAGAAGUAUUAGAAGAUUCUCCGUCCAUUAUGCUUUUGCUUAGUGAGAUCUUGGUAGGAAAAUUAAAGGUAAGUUAAUUAUUGUUUUGUAAAUCAAACUAUACUAUUUUUAUUGAUACACUUUGGAUCUACUGACUUGAAUAUUCGCAUAUUUUUUCACCUGAUCAGAUAUUUAAUUGAGAUAUUAAUCAAGGUGGAGACCAUUAAUGGUUCACUAGAGAAUGAUUUCUAUUUUAAAACAAUAUUUUUCAUUCAGUAUAUGUACUUAGCUUCUAUAGUAUUCAAAUUAUCUGUGAUCUAAUAUUAUAAUAUAUUGAUGUUGGUUAGUGGUAGUAUUUAUUAUACAAAUAAAAUUGUUUAAUAUAUAUUAUUUCAAUAGUUUUCGUUGUACUACUAUUGUCAUCUUGAAAACGGUAAAUGAGAAUGAAAUUGUUCAAAUUAUACAGGGUGUUGUCUAACCCAGUGGCUCAAAAUGUUUUUAUUUCUGACAAAUUUGUUCUGAUUUGCUAUUGGCUUCCAAAAUAGACAACCCAUUGCAGUGCAUCAUAAAAAAUAUAGCCUGUUAUGUAUAUUAUAAAAAAGUACUCAACCUGAACCUUUUUUCAACCAUAUUCUAAGAAAUAUUCUAGUAGAAUGAUAAAAAACUGUAAAAAUGAACAAACCUUACAAUAGAGAAAUUAGAACAUUAAUAAUUCUAGUAUAUAUUAAUAGUAUAUGCUGAAUACUUUAUGGAAUGGUAACCCUUUCUCCAAAAUUUCUUUAGCAUGUUUCCUCCUGAAAUCCCAGAGAAAAUGGUCGACAAGAAUUGAGUUGAUUUUACCAGAUCUCAGUUUCUUCACGACAUAUUUUUUCAAAAGUUCUGCCGCUUGUAUCGUGCAUCCCCUUAUUUCAACCUCAUCUAUCUCGCCAUUCUUCAACACUGUAUUACUCCUCAGUUUUCCUAGUAAUUCGUCGCUGUAUUGAAAAACCCCAAACCAAAGGAGAGUUUGAGGUACCCUAUAGUCAGCAAACGCGGUUAUUUCUUCGAUAUCCUCAAAAUGACCGAUAUCCUGGUUUUUAAAGCAGGCCCAGAUAUCGCCCACUAGUAUCUGCGCCCUUUUAUACAGCCCAACUCUCGUUCCAUCGAACUCUGCCUCAUCUCUGAAGCAAGGAAAGUUUUCUACUAUCAGCUUCAGCAAUUUAACGGCACUGUUUUGGGAUUGUUUGACUACAUUCUUGAAGGAGCCAUCGAACUUUUCCAGCAGAACAUUCCCAACCUCGUGCAAGCAUUUCAUUCUUUCCUUGAGAAGAGGCGCUUCUACUUUGGUGUCACUCCUUAAAAUGUUCUUCAGUUGGGCUUCUGUUAUCACAGAAUAAAAGAGGGGGUCCAGGAUAUUUAC